AUGACGACUCGCUUUCCGACCACCACGAACAACCUCUCCUCUUCAAACUCAACUCCCUUCAGAGUACCAUUUCCUUCAUCCUCAUCCUCCUCAACCUCUCGACCUUCCUAUCAGAUCGGAGUGAGCAACUUUUCAAGUACCACCAAUGCCACUCCUCAGCACGAUACCUUUCAAAUCAAUGAUUGGAAGUUUGAUACUCUCAAAACACCCAUUCUCAAUCAAACGGAAUCCGAUGAGUUGAAAGAAGAAUUAAAAAUCUUUGCCAUUCCUGAGCAAACAUUUAAUUCUUAUUUGACAAUAACAAAUACAUCCAAUGGAUUUGAAUAUCAUUUCAAUACAAGGGAUGCACUUUUGUAUGCAAAGAAUGAAGCAAUUGAUCAAUGCGCACAUAUUCAAAAAAUUAAAGUCAAUUGUCACGAGACUUGGAUGAAUAAGAAAAUUCCAAACUCAAACGACCAAUUAAAUGAUGUAAACGAAAGAGAUGAUGGAAUUGAUUGGACAUUUACCACAUUGUACAAAGGAUCUGUUCCAACAAGCAGCGAUGAGAGUGAAAUACCAUCCUGUUCAAUUGUUCCAACAAAAACUCACAAAAUUGACUAUGAUUUACUUAAAAGGAAAGAUGAUCCAAUUCUAUUUUAUGAUGAAAUUGUUUUAUUUGAAGAUGAAUUACACGACCAUGGAGUUUCUCACUUGACUGUUAAAAUUCGAGUCAUGAAUCAUUCAUUUUACGUUUUGAUGAGGUUCUUCCUUCGUGUAGAUGGAGUUUGUAUUCGAUGCAUUGAUACUCGUUUAUUUCACAAAUUUGGACAAAAUUAUUUAUUACGAGAAUUCUCAAUUAGAGAAUCAUCUUGGAAAGAUUUAAUGAAUAACCACGCCUUUAACGCUCAGUACAAUAUGGAUCAAACUGUCAUUGGCAAUCCAAAUGUCUUGGCUCCCAUUCUCACUUUGAAAGAAGAGAAUACCGAUUUGAUUCAACUCAAUAGAAUUGAUACUACCAUCGUUGCUAGUUCAGAUCAAUAA